GAUCUCACAUUGGUCCAUCCGAUCAAUCAGGACACCUUAAUCAGCACAUUGAAGAUCCGGUUUGACAAUGACAUUUACUACACACGCAUUAGUGACAUUGCCCUCGUGGCCAUCAAUUCGUACAAAUCCAGCUUUACGGCCGAUUAUGUGACAGAAUACAAAGACACUGCUGAACACAGUCUCCCGCCACACGUUUUCCAACUCACCAAUCAGGCUUACUUCCAUAUGCGACGUACAGGGAUCGACCAAUCCAUACUCCUCAGUGGCGAGCCAAAUAGUGGAAAAACAGAACAAGAGCAUCUGAUCUUACAACAUCUGAUAAAUCUCAGCAGCUUCAAAAAAGAAAAACGAUCCCUGCCUCUCCUCGAAGCCCGUCAGAUCAUAGAGUUCUUUGGUCAUUGUCGUACAACUGCCAAUCCAAAUGCAAGCCGAGUCGAGAAAUACACCGAAAUUCAAUUCAAUGCACGCGGAAAAAUGAUCGGAUGUCGUCUCAAGACCUACCUCCUCGAUAAGAACCUCUUGAGGUGUACCUCUCCAGGAGACCAUUUAUUCCACGUAUUUUUGGCAGUCUUUCAUUGCUCAGCCCAGGACAGACAUCUCUGGCGUGUACUGGACCCAAGCCAGUUCGCAUAUCUACACCGUAUGUCUCAGACCAUGUUGGUCUUUCCAGAUGCAGAACAGCACUAUACAAACUUCAAAGCAGCCUGCCGUGCACUGGGCUGGGGAAAAAGACAGUAUCUUAAGAUUAUGCAAGUAGUAGCAGCCAUCCUACACCUGGGAAACCUUCAGUUUGUAGAUGAUGUCCAACAAGAAACCGCACACGCCAAGAACAUCGACAUCCUUACUCUCUGCGCAGAUUUACUUGGCGUAGAUGCACGCGCACUCGAGAAUGUAUUGACCUACAAGACUCAGUGGGUCAAGAACGACCUGACAACAAUCCUACUAAAUGCCCACCAGGCAGCAGAACAGCGAGAUUGCUUGGCAAUGACAAUAUAUGGCCGGCUAUUUGAUUGGCUCGUCGAUGCCAUGAACACAAAACUCAACAAUGAUUCUGCAGCACACAGCACGCUUGGAGUAUUUCCUAUUUCACACCAUCAGUCAGAUGGCACAUUUCACAGUUUCUGUCUCAAUUACGCAACCGAGCGCCUUCAACAGGUAUUUUUACGUCGUAUCUACGAAACAGAGCCGAUUGAGUACAGCCGUGAAGGCAUUGAUGGUCCCGAACCAGUAAACCAAAGUGCUUGUCUCGACUUGCUGGUCCGCCCACGCCUGGGUCUUGUAGAUAUCAUCCAGGCACACUCAACCCGACGAUUUCCCAAUCGCACCGACAGUCUAUGGGAGAUCCUGGCCAAACAACACCAACAAUCCGACCUAUUUCGAGUUGUUAACGAACCAAGCCGAUCAUUUGUAAUCCAGCACUACCAUGGUGCUGUUGCAUACCACCCUCAACAGUUCCUUGAAGACAACCGAGAGGUCAUGAAUUCUGAUUUUGUCGGUUUGUUUCGCGCAAGUUUGGACAGCCCGGGUUCUCAGAAUGCGUUUGUUGCUCGUCUUUUUGAAGAUCAGACUCUCAACACCGGCAUGUACCCACAGCGAUCUUCAUCCACAAGAGUCAAACACUCUACUACAAACGAAGCUUCUAGGCAAGAGAACGAAGGCACUGUUCUAGGCCAAUUGCAAACAACUGUUGACGACUUGACACGGAGUAUGGAAAGCACCUGUGUGUGGUCUGUUCUUUGCAUUCAGCCCAACGAUUCAAACACUCCAAAUGUAUUUGAUACAGCACGUGUUCGGCACCAGUUGCGUGCUCAUGGAGUAACGUCGCUUACUGAACGUCUUGUUCAAAAUUAUACGAUUGGAUUCGAACAUGAGGUGUUUUGUCAACGGUACACAGAUGCUCUCCAAUGCAUUGGCAUCAAAGGUCCCUAUCGUACCCAAUGCGAAACAGCUGCAGUUAUGCUUGGUUGGUCUACCAGCCAAGUAGCAAUUGGCCACAGCAAGAUAUUCUUAUCAGAAUCCGUUUGGCGCCAUUUGGAAGAUGGUGUGCGGACGCUUGAAAAAGACCAACAGCGACAAAACAAAUCUAGCUUAUCAUACCCAGCUAUUCGGCGGGACAUGAGCGCUGAUGCCCUUUCACGAGUUUCAUAUAGUUCCGGAGAUCUAUUAACCUCACUUUCUGAAGAUUCUGCUGUAGAUCGACGCAGUCCACCUAAUCAUCCACAGCUUUCAAGACAGCUUGAGCCUUUGAGCGAUCGUACUGACAACCAAUCUUUUGCAUCCGAAGAAACGGCUAUUCCUACCGACUCUAACCCUCAGGACGACGCCGAGAAAAACGUACUUUCAGGUCUUCAUGAUGUGUUGCCUUUGGGUGGAAUGGAUGCAAAUGCCGGAUUGGGAGUUGCGGGCACUGGCGGCAAUGGUAACGGUGAGACUGGAAAUGGCAGCAGUCCUCAGGAGGCAGAACAAGUCUCUGUAGUUCGCAAACGAUGGGUGUGGUUUGUAUGGGCCAUGACCUGGUGGGUGCCAUCUCCAUGCUUACAGUGGUGUGGCCGUAUGAAACGUGCCGACGUGCGCUUGGCUUGGCGCGAGAAACUCACCUUGUGUAUGAUUAUCUUCUUGAUGUCGGGUUUUAUUAUAUGGUUCUUGGUUUUCUUUGGAAAACUUGUCUGUCCACAUCAAGAUGUAUUUUCACAGUCCGAACUUCAGGCACACAACACCAAGAAGAGCGCCUACGUUGCUAUCCACGGCGAAGUGUUUGAUCUGACAAAAUUUGCCCCUCACCACUGGGCUUCAGACGUUAUAUCUACUCAAUCUGUACUGGCCUAUGCUGGAACAGACGUAAGCGAUCUCUUUCCGGUCCAAGUUUCUUCUUUGUGCGAGGGCGUAAAUGGUGCCCUUUCUGAUUGGAUCUCGAUGGACUUUCACGUCAACUUGACCGACACAAAUGCAAAAUACCAUGACUUUCGUGCCUGGAGCGGCGAUUUUCGGCCAGAUUGGUAUUUUGAGAAAAUGGUGUACCUGCGAAGGAAUUACAAAAUUGGUACCAUGGGAUUUGUAAGUAAAGAUGUAGUACUACAAGCUACGAAUCCGGUUAGUCUGGGUGGAAUGCGGGCAACACGGAACUGGGCAAUCCUGAACAACAAUGUGUAUGACUUGACGUAUUAUAUUAUGGGAAGUCGAAGAAUUCAAGUUCCAGAUGGACAACCAAUGCCGGCUAAUGUGGAUCUGAAUUUCAUGUCGGAUACUGUCGUUAAUCUUUUCCGACAAAAGUCAGGUACCGAUAUCACAAACUACUGGAAUGUCCUACCACUUGAUCCGGACGUUCGCCAGCGUCAAGAAGUCUGUCUUAGAAAUUUGUUUUACGUCGGAACUGUCGAUCAACGCAACUCAAUUAGAUGUAUAUUCUCGGAAUACUUGCUUUUGAUUGUAACAAUAUUUCUUUGCCUGGUUAUCGUAUUUAAGUUCCUUGCAGCUCUUCAAUUUGGUACGAUGCGAGAACCCGAAAACCAUGACAAAUUUAUUGUGUGCCAGGUGCCUUGUUACACUGAAGACGAAGAGUCCCUCAAGAAAACGAUUGAUUCAAUUGCGGCUCUAAAAUACGACGAUAAACGUAAAUUACUGUUUAUAAUUUGCGACGGUAUGAUUAUUGGUGGCGGUAACGACCGCCCCACCCCUCGUAUUGUUCUAGACAUUCUUGGUGUCGAUUCUACUAUAGACCCCGAGGCACUUUCAUUCUUAUCAAUUGGUGAGGGCCAGAAGCAGCACAAUAUGGCCAAGGUGUAUUCCGGACUGUACGAGUGCUCCGGUCAUGUAGUGCCUUACAUUGUGAUUUCUAAAGUUGGCAAACCAAGUGAGCGGCAAAAACCAGGCAAUCGUGGUAAACGAGACUCACAGUUGAUAUUGAUGCGGUUCCUGAACAAGGUUCAUUUUAAUGCACCAAUGACACCUAUGGAGCUCGAGAUUUUCCAUCAGAUAAAAAACGUAAUUGGUGUAAACCCAGCAUUUUAUGAAUUCGUACUGAUGGUAGACGCAGACACAGAGGUUCUUCCGGAUGGGUUAAACCGAAUGGUAUCAUCGUUUGUACAUGAUUCCAAAAUCAUUGGUUUGUGUGGAGAGACGGUGUUAUCCAAUGAGAAGGAUACAUGGGUUACUAUGAUUCAAGUAUACGAGUACUUUAUUUCGCAUUACAUGAUCAAGGCAUUCGAGUCCCUCUUUGGAUCUGUUACAUGCUUGCCAGGUUGCUUCUGCAUGUACCGGGUGCGCUCACCCUCAAAAAACCAGCCACUCCUGAUUUCAAACCAAGUUAUCGAGGAUUAUCAAAUUAAUAAGGUUGAUACCUUACAUAUGAAGAAUCUACUGCACCUUGGCGAGGAUCGGUACCUGACAACCCUCAUUCUGAAGCACUUUCCAAAUUACAAAACCAAGUUUAUUCCAGACGCCCAAUGCGCUACAAAUGCACCAGAUCAAUGGUCGGUACUGCUGUCCCAGCGUCGUCGGUGGAUCAACUCUACUAUCCAUAACCUUGGAGAGCUUGUAUUCUUACCCCAGCUGUGUGGUUUCUGCUGCUUCUCUAUGCGAUUUGUGGUUAUGCUAGAUCUUGUGAGCACGCUUGUUCAGCCAGCAAUCGUCGGAUACUUGAUUUACCUGAUCUACUCAUUGGUAACCUCUACUGAUGGUGUACCGGUCAUGUCUAUGAUUACUAUCGCGGGUGUUUAUGGACUCCAAGCAGUUAUAUUCAUUCUACAUCGCAAAUGGGAGCAUAUGAUCUGGAUGAUUGUCUCGAUCUUUGCUAUUCCGGUCUUUUCGUUCUACAUCCCUAUUUAUGCUUAUUGGCAUUUUGAUGAUUUUUCAUGGGGAAAUACUCGCGUAGUAGUCGGUGACAAAGGUGUUGUGGUAGUAGUUGCAGCAGACGAAGGUACCUUUGACCCAUCAAGUAUUCCAACUCUUUCGUGGGAGAAGUAUGAAGAAGGUCUGUUU